AUGGAGGAGCGGUCGAGGAAGAAGCUGAAGACUUCAGCGAAACCUUCCAAGGCCCCGACCGACCCUCGAAUCACUGAUCCUCGAUUCGCCAACAUCCAGUCCGACCCACGAUACCGCCUUCCUGGGAAGAAGAACAAGGUCAAACUCGACAAACGGUUUGCUCGAGUUCUCGAAGACGAGGACUUUGUGAAACGAGCCAAGGUCGACCGGUAUGGCCGGCCCCUCGAAUCCAAUGUGGAGAGGAAGCGGUUGAAGCGGAAAUACGAGUUUGAUGAGGAGGGCGAAGACGAAGAGAGUGAUGUGCCGGACGACGACGACGAAGUACAACAGGAAUUGAGUAGGGUUGAGAAGAAAACCCGUGACCCUCUACGGGAAGGAAGAGAUACAGACUCUGAAUCUUCGUCAGAUGAGACCACAAGCGACGAUGAGUCGGAAGAAGAAGAAGAAGAAGCAGCUCUGGAGGAAGAAGUUGGCAUUGGUCCGACGCAGCAGACAGACAUCCCGACGGGCGAAGUCACGUCUCGCAUCGCAGUUGUCAACCUCGAUUGGGACAAUAUACGUGCAGCCGACCUGAUGGCCGUCUUCAGCAGUUUCCUCUCGUCCUCGGACUCCCUGCUCAAGGUCUCCAUCUAUCCCAGUGAGUUUGGUAAAGAACGUCUGGAACGGGAAGAGAUGGAAGGCCCACCCAAGGAAAUCUUUGCGAACCCAGCGAAGGAAGACGCCGACGGAGACUUAUCCGACGACGAAGAACAAGCGGAUGAGGAUAUCAAAAACUCGAUGCUGAAACCGGACGAAGGUACCACUGACUUCGACUCCACGGCCCUACGCCGCUACCAACUCGAACGCCUGCGGUAUUUCUACGCUAUUUUGACCUUUUCUUCGCCAGGUGUGGCAAAACAGAUCUAUGAUGCCGUCGACGGCACUGAAUAUCUGCGUACGGCCAAUUUCUUUGAUCUCCGAUUCGUGCCCGACGACACCGAUUUCUCCACCGACGUACCUCGUGAAGAGUGUGACAGGAUACCCGAUGAUUACCGACCGAAUGAAUUUGUGACGGAUGCGUUGCAGCAUUCAAAGGUGAAGUUGACGUGGGACGCGGAAGACGGGGGUCGAAAGGAAGCUGCGGCAAGGGCCUUUAAAGGUGGGAGGAAGGAAAUUGAUGAGAAUGAUCUCAAGGCGUACUUGGCUUCGGAUGAUUCAGAGGAAGAUGAAGAGGAGGACGUGGCAACCAACGGUCCCGUUUCCAAGAAAGAAGCAGAAAGACAACGUAUGCGUGCACUCCUGGGCCUUCCGCCGGAGCCGGAGAAGAAGAAGUCUUCGAAGAAAGACAAAGGGCUGGUCGGAGACAUGCAGAUCACUUUCACAUCUGGCUUAAGCGGUAGUACGAACGAGGCGGGCAAAAAGAAAUCGGUGUUUGAGAACUCGCCUGAGCCAGAGGAGACGACGCUGGAGAAAUAUGUUCGGAAGGAAAGAGAGAGGAAGCAGAAGCGCAAGGAGAAAAUGAAGAAUGCUCGGGAAGGCCGCGAUUCCGAGGCCAAAGGCAAUGCCGACGACAACGACGACGGCGACGAGCAAGCGGUUCGAGCUGGGGAGGAGGAAGACGACCUGGGCUUCGAUGAUCCGUUCUUUGCGGAGCCGUCAGCUGCAUCAGAGAAAGCCGCGUCCAAGAAAUUGAGAAAGGAAGAGCGGUUGAAGAAGCAGAAAGAGCGGGAGGCCGAGGAGGAGGCAGAUCGCAAACAACGGGCGGAACUUGAGUUGUUGAUGGCGGACGACGACGCCGCCGAGGCAGACGGCCCCGAUGGAGCCAAGAAGAAGAUCAGGCACUUUGACAUGCGGGAGAUCCAGAAGGCCGAGAAGGAGGAGCGGAAGAAAAAUAAAAAGAAACUCCAGGCGAAGAAGGGCAGAGCCAGCCACGCCGACAACCCCGACGAUGCCCGAGAUGAGUUCAAAGUAGACACCUCGGAUCCGCGUUUCUCCCGACUGUUCGAGAGCCACGAGUACGCCAUCGACCCGACGAAUCCGAAAUUCAAAGGCACCAAGGCCAUGCGGGCGCUGUUGGAGGAACGACGUCGGAGGAAGCACAAUGGAGUCGAGAGGUCGGGUGGUGGUUCGGACCGGCCAAGGAGAGGGGAGGAUGGUGACCGUGGUCAGCCAGACGUCCAGACGUCCAUGCAGAACGCCGCCGCUGAUGGUGAUAAGAAGAAGAACAAGCCUGGCGAUGGUGCGACUAGCGAUGUCAAGAGGCUGGUCGAGAAGAUUAAACGCCGCCAGCAUACGUGA